UGUACAUGCGAAAAGUGACAGACAGAGUCUGCUGACAGUAACAACGAUCUGUCCGCUCGAAGCUGCUCACAUUAAGUUGUGUUCCUAAUUAUCGUGUUACCUUUCAAACUUCACUCUAUUCAUCUUUUAGUGGGGAGUUUCAAUUCACGUAAAAUGGUGUUUUACUUCACAAGUGCCGUGGUGGAGCCUCCAUACACAAUCUACAUGGGAAAGGACAAGUAUGAAAAUGAGGAUCUUAUCAAGUACGGAUGGCCUGAAGACAUCUGGUUUCAUGUGGACAAACUGUCCUCGGCUCACGUUUACUUGAGGUUGCCAAAGGGUCAUGCCAUAGAUGAUAUUCCCCCAGAGGUGCUGAUAGACUGUGCGCAGCUAGUGAAAAACAACAGCAUCCAAGGUUGUAAGAUGAACAACAUCAACGUGGUUUACACACCGUGGGCCAACCUGAAGAAAACCGGAGACAUGGAUGUAGGACAGAUCGGCUUCCAUCGACAGAAAGAGGUGAAGAUCGUGGCGGUGGAGAAGAAGAUCAAUGAGAUCGUAAACCGUCUGGAGAAAACAAAAGUAGAACGCCUCCCCGACCUGGCGGCAGAGAAAGAGUCGAGAGACAGAGAGGAGAGGAACGAGAAGAAAGCUCAGCUCCAAGAACAGAAGAGGAGAGAGAAGGAAGAGCAGAAGAGGAAAAAAGAGAUGGAGGAUCUCAGGAACUAUACGUCACUGAUGAAGGAUGAAAAUAUGAAGACUAAUGAGGAUGGCUACGAUUCAGAUGACUUCAUGUAAGAGGUGAAGAUGAGUCAGCAAGCAGACAGACUCCUCCUCCACCACUCAGAUCUGCUGUCAGGACGCCCCCCCUGCUGCCAGGACGCUCCCCUGCUGCUUUUGCUUGCUGUAACUCUGCACUGACAUUGGUGAAAAAAUGAUACCAUGAACUUUUGGUCACUUGGAGCAGAAUGCGAACCAGAGAGGGACAGCACCGGGACUUAUUCCACAUGCUGACUGGUUCAGACACUGCUUCCGAACCGAACCACGCUGGCUGACCUCUUCAUCACAGGAUAACGCUGUAGAGGAAGAACAUGAGACGACAGGAAUACUGAGGCUCAUUUUGGGGAGAAACACUCAAAUAGCUGAACAUUGUUUGAUUUGGUUUUCACUGCCAGUGCCGACUGAUGUUGAUGUAUGAUAAAAGUGGUUUCUGUAUAGGUGUUUUAAUAACCCUACAAACCGUCUGCUCACUUUCUUCAUGUGUUCAUUUCUCUGCCUGUCAGAUUUUAUUAAAUAUGAUUUGAUGUAUGAAUUAAACUCACAGUUGGUAAUUGG